UCCAGCAGACCAGUGGAGUUAACCCCGCCCSUCACUGUUUGCUGAAGCGAGGGGUUCUUGGAGUAGUAAGGUUGAGGACUUAAAACGAAAGUUAACGUUCUUGACUUGGUUUUUUCCCUUUAAGUAGACAGCGGUUUCUUAAAAUACAUACUAGUUAGUUAUACUAUCAGCUACCCACCUGGAGACAUUAUGGCGCAUUAUAGAGCUUCAGACUCCAAGAGAGAGCAGUUUCGGAGAUAUUUAGAGAAAACUGGAGUUGUUGACAGUCUCACAAGUGUUUUUGUGUCUCUGUACGAACAACAAGAGAAGCCCACUGAUGCUUUAGAAUAUGUUAAGAAACAUCUGGGCGCUCUGGAGGAGAUUUCGGACUCGGAGGCCCUGCAGCAGGAAGUGAUGGAUCUGAGGCAGAAGUGUGCACGUCUGAUGGAGGAGAACAAAGACCUCAAAGCAAGGCUGCAGCAGCGUGAACCUGGAUCUGAAGAUGGAGGCGCRGCCAACUAGUCCCCAGCAGCACUUAUGGUCAAAAUGUGUAUUAAAACUGCAGUUCUUUUGAAUUUAAAGACAGGCCGGCGCUGGAACGUGAAAGCCUCAAACUUUUUACUUGGCUGCUGUGUUUUUGUAAACCAUUACAUUUAAUCUUUGUUUCUUACAAUAACUUAUUCUGUAAAUGUUUCUGAAUAUGGUUUUCUUGUUCAUUUAAACUUGAGUAAAGUUACUUCUCAACAGA